AUGUCGCAACAGGGCAUCCAGCCCGACGUGAUAUCGCGAAGUGCUGUGAUGAGAAGCUGCGCAAGAGCGACAGCUUGGCGGAUGGCGUUGUUUCUGAGCUCAGCGAGACAGGCGAACAUGAAUGCCAUUGCAUUGAACGAAGUUCAGCUGGCUUGUGAAAGAGCGUGUGAAUGGCAGCUGUCUCUGCAGCAAUUCGAAGACUCCGGCGAGAGAUGUGUUUCUGCUGAUCUGCGGACGUUCAAUGCCGUGAUCGGCGUGUUGGAAAGCGCAAGCAGGUGGCAGACAGUGUUUCGAGUGUUGCGGUGCAUGGUGCUAGAGACGUUGCCACCAGACACUGUAACAUACAACGCCGUCGGCACCGCCUGCGAAAAGUCCACGAUGUGGGAAUCCACUCUGUGGUGCCUACGAGCUGGCAGUAUCCAGCCAGACAUGAUUACCUGGACAUCUGCCAUUGGAGCAUGCCGCGCGUCCUGCGCUUCAUGUCGCUGGAAGCGAAUGUUGACCUUGAUCCGGGACGCUGCCACAGGACACCUGCAGCCGAGCCUUCUGAUCUGCGAGAAGGUAGUCAGCACUCUGUGGCAGUCUGGAAAGCUUGCGCAGAUGCAAUUUCACUUGCCCCGAGCUUGCUCAACAAAGCGAGCUUUCGAAAUUUUGCGCGGCGAAGCGGUUUCGCAUGUGCGUGUGUGUGUGUCCGCAGAGGAAAAGCAUGUAUGA